AUGGAUUCCAACCGGCCACAGUAUCAUCCGCCGAGUGUCGGGCACGGGCACGGGCACGACGAAUAUCACGUCGAUGACGGCAACAACCACUCCCUGCGAUUCCCGCCGUCCACGCACGGGCAGGCAGGGUAUGGAAACUACCAAAGCGACUCCUACGCGUCCGUGGGUACUAGUAGCAGCCAUCAGGGUUUGCAAUCGGGGCAGCUGCUGCCAGCACCUUCAUUCCCAGAUGGGCAUGAUACGGUCGGCCACUACGGUCACGCCUUCCACAACUCUACAGUAUCGCACACCAUGAACGACCCUUACCUCCCCUCUGACACCUACAACUCUGGCCCGGGGGUAUCGCACGCUAUGAACGACCCUUACCUCCCCUCUGACACCUACAACUCUGGCCCGGGGGUAUCGCACGCUAUGAACGACCCUUACCUCCCCUCUGACACCUACAACUCUGGAGCACCAUACGCUAUGAACAACCCUUACCCCCAUUCUGACACUUACAACUCCACGAUAUCGCACACCGUGAAUGACCUUCACCCUCCCUCUGACACCUACGGUUCCAUGGUACCCCACAACUCAAACAAUCUUCACGCUCCCCCGUCCGAUAUGUACUACUUCAUGGGAUCCUCUGGCUCGAACGACCUUCAACCCCCCCACUCUGACCCCAUUCCUGACGUUACGACAAAGUUGGUCGUAGGCACUAGACCUAAAACCAAUAAAACCAAGCGUCCCUCUAACCGGACGAAGUUUCUUGGUUCCAAGUACGUUUCCCAGGCACCACCUCUCUCCAUGGAACAGGUGUCGUCCUCACCGCUAAUAAUUGUCACACCGGAGAUCCUUCGGAUUCUGAAGCAGGAUGCUCGGAUAGCCAUGUUCAAGCUCUUGUUCGAGGAAAAUCUCUUUCCGUCCGUGGAAGAAAUGACUGUCAUAGCCACGACUGCACUGGACAAAACGGUCGCUCAGCACUCUAAGGAUUCUAACGCAGCCGAACUCGUCCAUUGGAAAUCAGGGUCAGACGGAAAAAACUUUCUCUCAAGGCUGAAAGGGGCCUCGAAGGAGAUACACGGUGAUUUUGAACAGGUGGCUGAGAUCUCUUGGGUGUCAGCUUACGGGUUGGGCCACAAUUUAUCGAAUACCAAGGCAGGCAUGCAAACGUCACGAGUCGCAAGUCUGACAGCCCUGCUGUUGGACUUUCGAUAUGCGGAUGGAAUCUUCGAAAUUACCUUGGACGACGGACAAGUUGUAUCGUGUCGAAUCCCGUUUGCCCACGCGGCCAUAUUAGACCUCCUCGAACAUAUAUUAUGCAACAAGCAAUACUACCGUUAUAUCUUCCUCGAUGGAGAAUGCUGGAUACCCCGCCUUACCAACGCCAUCGCCCUUGCAUCAACCUCGCGCUGUUGGUCGUUGGAGAAAGCCUUAGCUGGCCCGUGGUCAGUUGUGAAGUUUGGGGACGAGACGAAUAGGGCUCGUUACAAACUCACGAGGUCUCGUAUCGCUACGCUGCCUGAGGAAGAACGCGUGAAAUUUGACACUUUGUUAGUUGACAUGCGUCGUGCGUUAGAGUAA